AUGCACCAGUACAGUCGGACUGGGUAUCCAGCCGGACUGGGUGCCAGUCGGACUGGGUACCGGUCUGACUGGGUACCCGGUCCGACUGGAUACCCAGUCCGACUGAGUACUCAAUGUCCGUUGGAAGGAUAUCUCAACUUUUUAGAGACAAAUGGAUACAGAUGUGGCACGUAUCGAUUUGAUAUCAGACUGGGUCACCAGUCGGACUGGGUAUCCAGUCGGACCGGGUACCCAGUCAGACCGGUACCCAGUCCGACUGGGUCAUCCGGUCGGACUGGGUACCAGUCACCCAGUCGGACUGGAACUGGGUGCAUACCUAAUUCUAAAGGAUAUCGACUGUGUGAAAUGAAUACUUACACCACGUCAAUCAUUCUGUCGACUUCGUUGAUAUUCAAAGGUUGUAGCAACGCUGCGAAAUAUUGCUAUUACUGCACCAACUGUCCUAAUCCGUUUACUCCAAAUUCACCAUAUGUUUCCGUCGUUCAAUCUAAAACCGGACUUUGUGCAAAACAAAGCUAUUCAUCUGACCCAUUAGCUCCAAAUAGUCGCGGCGCAUCUGGCUCGCCUCAAUGCGUUGUCACUGGAUGUCGAUGGAUACUCGACGCUAAUGGCCGUCAAGUGUACACGUGUUGUUGCACUGGUAAUUACUGUAAUGGCAAUAUGUAA